UAAAGCUGUGUUUUUUUCCUGAUAAGCUUUGAAUGACGGCGUGCUUCAGCUAUGGAGGCUAAAUCUGUGAAAGCGAUCCUGUUUGAUUUGGACAACACGCUGAUAGAAACCAGUGGAGCUGGAGAAGUGGCUCUACAGAAGACCAGGGAGCUUCUGAAGUCCAAACUGAGCCUGGAUGACGAUGCAAUCUGCAGCAUUUUCGACAAAUUCAAGCUGAAGCUGCUGCAUGAGAGUUCUGAUCGGUUACCCGGAACCUCCCAAGAUGACGUCCGCGUCUGCCACUGGGAGGAAAGCAUAGCAGAGACUAUAGGAAGGUGCUCCAUAUCCGACCUGGCUUCUCAGUGCUACUAUAUGUGGAAGAACAGUCGGCUGGAGGUCCUGUGCCUCACCCCUGAGGUGCGCAGCCUUCUGAAGCAACUCCGCAGCCGAUACAAGCUGCUGCUGCUCACCAACGGGGACGCUCAGACUCAGAGGGAAAAGGUGGAGGCGGUCAAGUGCGAGGAGUUCUUUGAUGCUGUAGUGAUCGCCGGAGAUCACGCCGAGCAGAAACCCUUCCCGUCCAUCUUCCAGCUGUGUUUCGACCAGCUGGAGGUGGAGGCGCAGGAGUGCGUCAUGGUGGGGGACAAUCUGGACACAGACAUCCAGGGGGGCUUUAACGCUGGGGUUCGGGCCACCGUGUGGAUUCACAGAGCAGAGAGGACCAGCUUAGACGGUCCAGUCAAACCAGACUACACCAUCCCUACUGUUCUGGACCUGCCGGGUAUCCUGGCACAGCUGCAGUAAUUUAGAGGAUUCUAAUAUUUCUCUAGAUUUGUUUACAGAGGUUUUAUACUGCAUUACCAACUUUUUGUGUGUUUAUUUUAGAAGAAACUUCAUGGAGGAAGUGUGAAUGUUGUUAUUGUCACCAGGGGGCGUAUUUCAUUUUCAGUUUUGAUUGUUUGAAGGGGGUUGGUAUUAUUUAAAGUCAAACAGGAUUCUUCAGCUGUUAAUGAGAGGAGGGAACAAUUUUCUACUGGGUUUGGUUUGGAUUAAUGUUGAAUUUAUGCAUUUAUUUAAAGACAAUUAUUCAAACUAUGGAAAUUAUGUUAAUAAAUGAAUUUAUUAGAAGUCAAAGUUCGAGCCUGAACGCCUUCAGGAAUAGCAGCCAGUAGCUAAAAUAUAGGAUUUUAGCCACUAUAUUUAGCAUUACAUAAAGUAUAAAUUAUUUUGCUAUGAAAUUAUUGAGGAUGCAGUCAGAGGUUUACAGAUCAGAUUGGGCUUUUUAACGGUUUAUUUGUUCUUGUUUGAGGGUUAAACGGUUAUAAUGCUGAAUAAAAAUGUC